GAACUUGCAGUUGCUGGGGGCCACAGCGAUUGAAGACAAACUUCAAGACAAAGUACCUGAAACCAUCGAGACCCUCAUGAAAGCCGACAUUAAGAUCUGGAUCCUGACUGGAGACAAACAGGAGACCGCCAUCAACAUAGGACACUCCUGCAAACUGCUCACGAAGAACAUGGGUCUGCUGGUGAUAAACGAGGACACCCUGGAUGGUACCAGGGAGAACACUCAGACCAUCACUGCAGCAAUGCUGGGAGAUGCUCUGCACAAGGAGAACGACUUCGCUCUCAUCAUAGAUGGAAAGACACUGAAGGUUUCACCUCUGCAGAAGUCUGAGGUGGUUGAGAUGGUGAAAAAACAGGUGAAAGUGAUCACUCUGGCCAUUGGCGAUGGAGCCAACGAUGUGGGCAUGAUCCAGACCGCCCAUGUGGGUGUCGGCAUCUCUGGCAAUGAAGGACUGCAGGCUGCCAACUCAUCAGACUACUCUAUUGCACAGAUCUGGUUUGCAUUUGUGAACGGCUUCUCGCAGAUUCUGUUCGAGCGCUGGUGCAUCGGCCUGUACAAACGUGGUAAGAGUAUCUUCACUGCUUUGCCUCCUCUGACUCUGGGCAUCUUCGAACGCUCCUGCAGGAAAGAGAACAUGCUCAAAUACCCUGAACUCUACAAAACCUCCCAGAAUGCAAUGGGCUUCAACACCAAGGUCUUCUGGGCUCAUUGUCUGAACGGCCUGUUUCACUCAGUCAUCCUCUUCUGGUUUCCCCUCAAGGCCUUCCAGCACGAUACCGUCUUUGGAAACGGAAAGACACCAGACUAUCUCCUCUUAGGCAACAUGGUUUAUACAUUUGUGGUGAUCACAGUGUGUCUGAAGGCUGGGCUGGAGACCUCGUCCUGGACCAUGUUCAGCCACAUUGCCAUCUGGGGCAGCAUUGGAUUGUGGGUAGUCUUCUUUGGCAUCUACUCCUCACUAUGGCCUCUGAUUCCUCUGGCCCCGGAAAUGUCAGGAGAGGCGGACAUGAUGUUCAGUUCAGGAGUCUUCUGGAUGGGUCUGAUCUUCAUUCCCAUCACCUCUCUGGUGUUUGAUGUGGCCUACAAAGUUAUGAAAAAGGUUUGCUUUAAGACCCUGGUUGAUGAGGUGCAGGAGUUGGAGGCGCUGUCGAAAGAUCCAGGAGCUGUGGUGCACGGAAAGAGUUUGACCGAGAGAGCCCAGCUCCUUAAGAACGUCUUUAAGAAGAGCACCGUCAGUCUGUACCGGUCUGACUCCAUGCAGCAGAAUCUACUCCACGGCUACGCAUUCUCACAGGAUGAGAAUGGCGUGCUCUCCCAGUCUGAGGUCAUCAGAGUCUAUGACACCACCAAGCAACGGACCAGUGAGUGGUGAGAUCCGGCUCGCUGGACCCUGCCCCCUCUCAGCGGUCACUCAACUUUUUAAAGGCUGACAGAGUGCUGAAGACUGUCAGUUUAACUUUGGCAAGCCUAGGGCACCCUGGGCAACAAUGGAUACGAAAAAUGAAGCAGUAUGAGGGAGAGAGGG